CUUAAAAUAAUUGUCAUCGUUGUUAUUAAAGCCGGAAUAUUUUUAUUUAAAUUCAAUUUAUUAAAACGAAAAUGAUGAGUACAUUAAAUUACAAUUAAGUUUAUUUUCUUUCAUCAAUAUCCUUCAUAUCACUAUGCAUUUUUUGAAGCCAGAUUGGGUAAAUCAUGAUGACAACAAACCAAUUUUCUCUGUUGACAUUCAUCCAAGAGGAGGCAAAUUUGCAACAGGAGGACAAGGAGGUGAAGGCGGAAGAGUUGUUAUAUGGAAUUUGGCUCCUGUUUUAGAUGAAGAAGCUGAAUUAAAUAAAAAUGUGCCUAAAAUGUUGUGUCAAAUGGAUAACCAUCUUGGUUGUGUAAAUAUUGUCCGAUGGAGUAAUGAGGGUCAUUUAUUGGCCUCUGGUGGGGAUGAUAAAUUAGUUAUGAUUUGGAAAUUGACCGGAGAAGGUAGCUCUACAAUUUUCGGUGGAAGUGGCAAGGUAAAUCAUGAGACGUGGAGAUGCUCUGCUACAUUAAAUUCACAUAAUGGGGAUGUUCUUGAUUUGGCAUGGGCUCCUCAUGAUGGCUGGUUGGCUUCAGGAAGUGUAGACAAUACUGUGAUUAUUUGGAAUGCAAAUAAAUUUCCUGAAAAAGUUACAGUACUAAAAGGUCACAUGGGGUUGGUUAAAGGUGUAACUUGGGAUCCAAUUGGUAAAUACAUAGCAAGCCAGUCAGAUGACAGAUCACUAAGGGUAUGGAGGACAGCUGAUUGGGCCCAGCAAGAAGUAAUCACUGACUGUUUUGUGGAUUGCUCAGCAACAACACAUGUCUUGCGUCUUUCUUGGUCUCCUGAUGGUCAGUAUCUUGUUUCUGCUCAUGCAAUGAAUGGAGGUGGUUCAACAGCGCAAAUAAUAGAACGAGAUGGAUGGAAACAUGACAAGGAUUUUGUUGGCCAUAGGAAAGCUGUUACAUGUGUGCGUUUCAAUUCGAAUAUUUUUAAAAAAGUGAUCUCAGGAAGUCCCAAAUUUCAACAGUACUGUUGUUGUGCUAUUGGAUCAAGGGACUGUUCAUUGAGUGUCUGGUUAACAAAUCUUAAACGGCCUUUGGUUGUUAUUAAGGACCUUUUUGAGGACAGUAUACUCGACUUAUCUUGGAGCAGUGAUGGAAUGAAUUUAUUGGCUUGUUCUUGGGAUGGUACAGUCGCUUGCAUAUCAUUUUCGCCUGAUGAAAUCGGGAAACCUUUGACCACUGACGAAAAGAAUAUUCUUUAUGAAAAAAUCUAUGGAAAGACCCUUCAAAAAAAUUGGAAUCAGUGUUUUACUGGAAGCCAGAUUAUCGAAAAUCCAGAAAUGUUGCAAACGCUUGACAGCAUGGCUCAGAUACAAAGUCAGGAGGACAAAAAGGAAGUUACAACGGCACCAAAAUCUUUAGUUAUUCCAGAAGUGAUUAAAUCGGAUGUUUCCUUAUCUCCUAAUGUCCUUGUACCGACUAAUAAGCAAAUAGAAACGGUUCUUCCUUCCGGAAAACGAAGAAUCACUCCUAUGCUAUUAACACCAGCAUUAACACCAACAAAAGAUAGCUUACAAUUACCCUUUUUGAAUGAAGAAACAACAACAUCCUUAAGUAAGUCUUCACCAUCUAAAAGCAAAAUUGUUAUCGAAACAAGAAAAGAAGUAAUAAAGGACGUAACUGUCCCUAGCCAAGCAUUAUCCGAACCCUUACGUGUGCGUAAUACCGGUGAUGCCCCAAUAGUUCAUCCUCCUGGGGUGCAGGUUACGCAGUUAAUGUGUACUGAUGUUCCGGGAGAUAAGGCUGUUGUGCAUUUUAUAGAUAUGUUGCCCCCUCAGAAAAUGCCUUCUGAUGCUUCAGUAGCUAAAAAGACUAUGACAUAUAAAGUACAGGUAACAAAUUCCUGUCAGGUUGUUUCAAAAAAUAAAUUUUCUAAAAUUGAAGUGUUUAAACUACCCGAAGAAAUCCAUCCAGUCUGGGAGACUUAUCUAGGGUCUUCUAUAAGGUGUUUAGCAUCAAAUUUGCAUGUUGUUAUAGCCUGUUGUGAAGACUUGAGUAUGAAUUGCUUUAAUAUAAAAUCUGGUGCUAGAACGUUACCUUCUUUACACAUUGAAGAUUUAGUUGUGUCAUUGAGUCUUACAGAAAACUCGAAUUGUCUUGUGCUUACCCGCACUGGUUUAUUGUAUAUGUGGGACUUGCAGAAAGCUAAGGCACUAGUAAAUCGGGUUUCCGUAAGGAGUUUAAUAAGCAAUAAUGUUACAGUAAAUGGAUGCCGAAUAACAUCAUCAGGACAACCUCUGGUUACUUUGAGUGAUGGCAAGGCAUUCUCAUAUAGUUGUGAUCUUCAAACUUGGGUAUUACUGUCAAAUCCUGUAGAUGCAAUAUCGAAAGCUGGAGGAUCAAUGAGUAGAUCAGUUUCAAAUAUUUUACCUUUGGCGUCUCUACAAAAGGCGAUGCCUGUACAAGGAAACAACGACAGUCUUCCCUCGGGAAUUAUAUUAAGUUUCUUGGAAAAUCAGAUAGCUGCCAGUACCGUUUUACAGUCGGCAUCUGAAUUUAAACAUUGGUUGAUUACUACUGUUAAUCAUCUUUUAGAUAAAGGUCCAGAGUGUCGACUGAGGUUCAUUUUAGACGACUUAAUGGGUCCAACACAUUCGUUUUCUAAUAAAAAAGAAGGUGUCAUUUUGGGUAUUUCAAAGCAUUCCCUUCUAAAUGAAAUAUUAGGUAUCAUAAAAACUAAACUGCCUUGGCAAAGACUGUAUAAUGAAUAUAAAGAACAAUUUGAACUCUUAAAUUCUUUAUAAUUCGUACUAAUUUAACAAAACUGUAAAAAGCUGUGUACAUAUUUAGGUUACGAUAAUAAUUUUCUAAUAUUAUACGAUAAUGUAAUUGUUUUUGAUACUUUUAUGUGUAAAAAAUAAACAGAAUCUCUGUUAAAAACUGUAACUGAGUUUGUGUUUCAUUCUGCAGUUUUGAUCUUUAAAGCAAUUUUCUAAAGGUUUAGACUCGAUAAGAGUAUAAAAACGGUAAAUAUUUUUUUAGAAAGCUUAUU